GUGCAGUGUGUGUGUGUGCCGGCAAUGAGAAGAGAGUGGAACAAGUGUGGGAGCAGGACCUGGAACCACGCCGUCCUGGUGUUCUACACCGUUUUCUUCUACACAGGCUUCCUGCAUCUGCACGCCACUGACGUUUGUUCGAGCUGUCACAUUAAUGCAACAUGCACGACCAAGAAUGGGACCAAAACCUGCGACUGUAACUAUGGAUUCUUUGGAAAUGGAAUAACUUUCUGUUCAGAUAAAGAUGAAUGUCAGAUCGGAUCUGAGAAGAUCUGCGGGUUACAUGCUGCUUGUUAUAACACACAUGGCAGUUACUAUUGUACAUGUAAUGAAGGAUACAAACCAUCCAACAAUAUGGAUUUAUUCACCCCUAAUGAUGGAACACAUUGCACAGCUAUCAACUGUGGAACAUCUCCAAUUUUACAGAACACAUUGAGGUAUCCCCCAGUUAACACAACCUAUGGAAAUACAGUAACCUAUCAGUGUGCUCAUGGCUAUGAGUAUGUGACAGGAAACACCAGCUUAAUAUGCUCCAUCCUGGGCCAUUGGGAAGGACAGUACUUGGAGUGCGAAGUCAUUGACUGUGGGUCACCACCAGUUUUGGAGAACACGGUGCAACUUCCAUUAGAGAACACAACUUACAACAGCACCGUGACAUACAAGUGUCUGACUGGCUAUGUGUAUGCAGGAGGAAACACUACGUUAGUCUGCUCUGCCCAGGGUCAGUGGGAAGGACUAAAGCUGGAGUGCAAAGCUGUCAAUUGCGGCUCUCCCCCGGUGUUACCGAACACAGUGAGGUACUUACCGGGGAACACGACCUAUGGCAGUACGGUGAAGUACCACUGCGUGGAUGGCCAUGUACGUGUGACAGGAAACAGCUCAUUGCUCUGCUCUGCCCAGGGUCAGUGGGAAGGGCCAAAGCUGGAGUGUGAAGCUGUCAAUUGCGGCUCUCCCCCGGUGUUACCGAACACAGUGAGGUACUUACCGGGGAACACGACCUAUGGCAGUACGGUGAAGUACCACUGCGUGGAUGGCCAUGUACGUGUGACAGGAAACAGCUCAUUGCUCUGCUCUGCCCAGGGUCAGUGGGAAGGGCCAAAGCUGGAGUGUGAAGCUGUUGACUGUGGCUCACCCCCUGAUUUACAGAACACAAUGCACUGCAUGCCAGAUAAUACAACCUAUGGCAGUAUGGUGAAGUACCAGUGUCUCACUGGCUACCAGCGUCUGAGAGGAAAUGACACAUUAGUCUGCUCUUCCCAGGGACAGUGGGAAGGACCAGACCUGGAGUGUAAAGCUGUUGACUGCGGCUCAGCCCCAGAGUUACAGAAUGCAGUGCGAUACUCACUGGGCAACACGACCUAUGGCAGCACAGUGGAGUACCAGUGUCUGGCUGGCCACGUGCAUCUGAGAGGAAAUGGAACGUUAGUCUGCUCUGCCAGGGGACAGUGGGAAGGACCAGACCUGGAGUGUGAAGCUGUUGACUGUGGCUCACCGCCAGCUAUAGCGAACACACUGAGGAACCCACCACCAAACACUACCUAUGGAAGCACAGCGGUGUACCAGUGUCUGCCCGGCUUCGAUUACGUGAGAGGAAACUCAGCAUUAGUCUGCUCUGCCCAGGGUUUGUGGGAAGGACAAAGCAUGAAUUGUCAAGUUGUUGACUGUGGCUCACCCCCAUCUUUAGAAAACACACUGCAAUACCCACCGAGAAACACAACCUAUGGUAGUAAGACAAAGUAUACGUGCCUGGCCGGCUACCUGUAUAUCCGAGGAAACACAACAUUAGUCUGUUCUGCCCAGGGUCAGUGGGAAGGCGCAAGGCUGGAGUGUGAAGCUGUUGAUUGUGGAACACCAGCACCCAUACCAAAUGCGUGGUCUUUACGUGUCAGAGAGACGACUUACGGAACUGAAAUCCAAUACCGUUGCAGGACUGGUUUUGUGAGAGGAGGAGGAAAUGGCACAAUGAUUUGUUCCGAGACGGGUCAGUGGGAAGGAGCGCAUUUCAAUUGUUCAGCUGUUGAUUGUGGAACACCAGCACCCAUACCAAAUGCGUGGUCUUUACGUGUCAGAGAGACGACUUACGGAACUGAAAUCCAAUACCGUUGUAGGACUGGUUUUAUGAGAGGAGGAGGAAAUGGCACAAUGAUUUGUUCCAAGACGGGUCAGUGGGAAGGAGCACAUUUCAAUUGUUCAGAGAUUGACUGUGGGAUUCCUCCAGUGGUGCCACAUGCCAAAAUGGCCUCUUACCACAGUACAAGAUUGGGAAGUGUUGCCCACUAUCGCUGUAGGGAUGGAUUUUAUGCAGUGUCUGGUAGCAACGUGUCCACAUGCAAGCAAGAAGGACAAUGGGAAGAAAUUACACUGGUGUGUCAAGUUAAUGAUUUUAUUCUGUAUAAUAAAUCAUGUUUGAAGUGGAAAAGAGAUGGACUUGGAACCAGAUCUGAGGACACAUAUUUAUUUCAGAUACAAGGAGAGCGAGUCUAUCAAAGGGAGUUCUUUUACAAAAAGUUAUUUAAUUAUAGUACAGCAGAUGACUCCCCUGCAAUAUGUUUGGACUUGCAAGCAGGCACUAACUACACAGUAAAUAUCACAGCUCUUACAUCACACCAUUCUGCAUGUAUACAGCUCUCAACGGCAGUUACAGACCCUCCAAUUCCUGAUAUACAAGUCCUUGUUGUAGAGCAGAUACUUCCUCCACUCAUCCUUCGAAGAGUAGAAAGUAAGAAUGGACCCAUUAGCCUAUAUCAGGUCAUUGUUUUACCAUUGAAUUUGCAACAUUCGUUCAAUUGCAAUUCCCAAAAUAUAAGAGAUUUCUUUGACCACCAAAAAGACACGGAAGCAUACAUCACAGCAGAAUUCAUUGCAAUGGAUGUUAAGGAUGGGAUGCAGUUUUCUGUCGGAGACCGGCUGUACUACAGAGACUUCUAUAAUGCUGCUUUAGAGGCUGGCAAGAACUAUUCUUUUCUAUUGAAAAUUAUCAGUGAAUGGAAUUAUGUGAAGAAACAGUCGUGUGUGACUUUGGCACAAUUAAAAGGAGUUUCAAGACAAGAUAAUAGCAGAGAUGCCAAAUAUUACAUAGUCUUGAGAACAAAAUCUAAUCAGAUAAUUCAGGGCAGAACUGAGGGACCAUACAUGGUUGGAAGUGUUGACUGUUUGAAGAGACCUUACACUGAAGCCUCGACUCUCCUCCCAACUGCAUGUAAAAGAGACCACUGCAAUAUUCCAAAGAGCAAGGGAAUUCUCAGCCUCAACCAAAGCUUCAAAUCAGAUGAUCUAGUUGUUAACACAAGAAAUUCGUGUGGCAUUCUUUCAUUAUGGAUACAAGGAGGGCUAGAGGUACUAAAAAGGAUGAUUUUCCUGCCGGUUUGGAUUCUAUUAUGGAUUUGCUGCAAAGUCAUACAUGAGAAGCCUCUGAGAAGUUUCAACAAUUCAGCUCUGAAUUUAAACAAAUAGAUGGUAAAUUGGAUUCUAUUCAACAAACUCUUAACGAACACGAUAAACGUAUUAAAAAUAACGAAGAAAUUUUGUCGUCUCUGGAAACAGAAGUGGAUGAAUCGCAAAAGCUUUAUGAAAAGCAAUCGAAGUUCAACGAAAAGUUAAGCCAGAAGAUUAUCAACCUAGAAAAUAGAAGUAGAAGAAACAUCCUACGGGUUCUGGGUCUCGAAAAAUUAAUCAAAGGUAAUCAUCCUAUGGAAUUUUUUCCAAACUUUUUGCAAGAAUUACUUCUGGAGAUUUUGACGUCUGUGCCUAUGACUGAUCGAGUUCACAGAUCUCCUGCGUUUAGACCUCCUAAGGGUCAGAGACCAAGAUCAGUAAUAAUCUGUUUUCAGGAAUUUAAAACAAAGGAACUCUUAAUUUGCGAAUCUCGUUGAAGAGGCAUGAUUGACUAUAAUGGUCGUAAGAUUAGAAUUGUCGAAGAUUACUCGCCUGAGGUUAUGCAGGAAUGUGUUAAAUUCAAAGAAGUUAUGUCUGAGCUUUUUAAUAAGGGUUUCAAGCCUCCCCUUCACUACCCAUCCAACUCAGAAUCACACUUAAAGAUAGAUCUUUCGAAUGGUUCCAUUCGACUGUUGAAGCACAAAGGUUUUUAAAAGCCGAAGGCUAGCUGUUUAGUUUGUCCUUACAUGAAGACACAAGAUUAAAUGAGAAACUUUUAAUUCGCAAAUCCCGUUGAAGGGGCAUGAUUGGUUAUAGGGUGGAAUAUUAAGAUUCUCGAAGAUUAUUUGCUUGAGGUUAUGCAGGAACAUGCUAAAUUUAAACAAGCUUUGUUGGGAUUUUUUUAACAAGAGUUUUAACCCAUCCCUUAGCUACCCAGUUUGACUGAGAAUCUCAUUAAAGAUGGAUCCUUCAAAUGGUUUCGUUUGAAUGCUGAAGCACAAAGAUUUUUAAAAUUUGAAGGCUAACUGCUUAGUCUGUUUUUUCAUGAAGAUAUAAGAUUAAAUGUUUAAUGUCUUUCUGUAUGAAUAACUGUAUCUUUUGCUUUUGGUAAAUCUUUGUAACAAAAUUUCCUUUUGUAUUUUUUAAUACUGUAUUUUUGAUAUACAAGAAUUGAAUUUCUUGUUUCUUGUUUGGUUUAGGUUGGAAUAUAAAUAACCUUGAAACUAAUUGGAGCGAUCACCAGGUUUUUUUGGGGGUUUGUCCUUAGUUGUAGAUGCAGAUUUUCUAUUGGUCGGUCUUCUUUCUUUGGGAGGUGGGCGGGGGUAUGUUUUUUUUUCUCAGAAGCUGUUUUCAAAUUUUUAGCAAACUUGUUGCUUGGUUACCAUUUCUCAAGGUUUAUGGCUUGGUUCUAACUUACAUUUUAACCCUUCCUUUAAAUAAUAUUAAAAAUCGAACAAACUAUUAAUUUACUUAGUUUUAACAUGAAAGGGUUAAAUCACCCUGUUAAACAUAAGAAAAUUUUUGCUUAUGUUAGGAAAUUUAAGGUCCCUGUUAUUUUCUUACAAGAAACUCACAUAUGUAAAUGUGAUAAUCUACGUUUUUUUAGCCGUGGUUUUUAGUCAUUCUUCUUUUCAGGCCAAAUCUAGGGGAGUUUCAACUCUUAUAGAUAAUACACUUUCCUUCGUCCAACAUAAAGUAGUGUCUGAUUCUAAUGGACGUUUUGUUAUAGUUUCAGGAAAACUAGAUAAUAAAUUAAUAGUAUUUGCCAAUGGGUAUGCCCCAAAUGUAGAUGAUUCAGGAUUCUUUGAGUGUUAUUUUUCAUUUUUACCAGAUCUGAAACUAUACUCUUUGGUGAUGGGAGGAGAUUUUAACUGUUGGCUAGACCCAAUUUUAGACCAAUCAUCUUCUAAACCAACAUCUCUUAAUAAAUCAGCUUUGUUUAUUCAAUCUUUUUUAUUGAAGUGUGAUAUUGUUGAUGUUUGGCAUUUUUUACAUCCUUUAGAUAGGGAGUACUUGUUUUUUUUUUCCCAUGUUCAUCACACAUAUUCCAGGAUUGAUUAUUUUUUAUUGAUAGUCAAAUGAUUUCAUCAGUUCGUUCCUGUGAAUAUAAAGAGAUUGCUGUUUCAGAUCAUGCUCCUGUGUUUCUAUCCUUAAAUCUCUCUGGUCUUCCUCAAACAAACAGAUUUUGGCAUUUUAAAACAACUUUGUUAUCUGAUAAGAUCAUUUAAAAAUUUCUA